AUGUCUGCCACGUUCGAGCCCAGAAAUUACGUUGGUUUUGACACGAUUACCACCCAAAUCGAAACGCGUUUGCUGAAGCGCGGCUUCCAGUUCAACGUGAUGUGUGUUGGUCACUCCGGAUUGGGAAAGACCACCCUUGUUAACACCCUUUUCGCCUCGCAUCUGGCAGAAUCUAGUGGUCGCAAGACAAUUUAUGACCCGAUCGAAAAGACGCCGGAGAUCAAGAUCACCAGUCACACCCUUCUAGAAAACAACGUCAAGCUCAACCUCAACAUCAUCGACACUCCCGGCUUUGGAGACCAGGUCAACAACGAACGGUGCUGGGAGCCACUGGUGAAGUACAUAAAGGAGCAGCAUUCUCAAUACUUGCGCCGGGAGCUGACAGCUCAGCGUGAGCGGUUCAUCCAGGACACGAGAGUGCACUGUAUCCUGUACUUCAUCCAGCCAAACGGCCUGGGAUUGCGCCCAUUGGACGUUCAGGUGCUCAAGAGACUUACCGAGAUUGCAAAUGUUGUUCCGAUCAUUGCAAAGGCCGAUUCGCUGACCAUGGAGGAGCGCACAAAGUUCAAGAAGGUGCUUCAGGACGAAUUCGCCUACCACCAGUUCAAGAUGUUUCCCUAUGACGAUGAAUCGCUUACUGAGGAGGAGCAACAGUUGAAUGACGAUAUUCGCUCUCUACUGCCUUUUGCAGUUGUUGGCUCUGAGAAGGAGCUGACAGUCAACGGAGAGACGAUCCGCGGCCGCAGAACCAGAUGGGGAACUAUCAACAUCGAGGACAUCACCCAGUGCGAGUUUGUGUACUUGCGCGACUUCCUGACGAGGACACAUCUUCAUGACCUGAUUGAAACUACCUCAUUGGUCCACUAUGAGUCGUACAGGUCCAAGCAGCUGAUUGCUUUGAAGGAGAAUGCGGCCAAUGGCGCCAGAGCCUCGACGGUUUCCCAGACGAAUGGAUAUCGUUGA